AUGGCUGAAAACCCUAAUUUACCGAUUGGAGAUGCAAGUUCUUUGGAAUCAGAUGUAACCAAAAUCGAUUCCGGCAUGGCGAAGGAGGCUAAGAAAACGCGGGAGGUUUCGGAAUUCACAGAUAUCUUUGGUUUAUUGAGAAUCUACGAAAAAGAGAUGAUCUUCGAAAAGGAAGAUUUCGAUCCUUUGGUGGAUUAUUGCGCAAGUGACGACGAGGAGGAAGAGAGAAAGGAUAUGGAAGAACAUCCUUACGACCGCGAGGCUGUUCUCAAAUACAUCACCCAAGUCCGCAAUAGCGGUGGUUUUGAUGUGGAUGUGCGUAUACCUGGUUGGUUACAUUCGGGCUUGGUUAAUUUCUUCCCUGUUAUGUUGUCUUACCCCAACAAACGUGAUUUUAUCUACAAGCUAGCAAAGGUUGCGAUUGAUGAAAUCAAUUUUGACAAGAAAAGCAAAACUUUUGAGCUUGUGGAAGUUGUGGAGGCGGUCGCCACAGACGUGUGCUAUGCCCUCGUUUAUUUAACUCUGGCUGUGAAAAAAGUUGGAGGGGAGGGAGAAGAAGCUGCUACUAUACAAGCAAUCGUCAACUGUCACUGGGAUAGCCCUUUGGAACUCCAGCAGUGGAGGGUUAAACCAGGUAGAAUUCUUUGA